CACUCGUCUCCGUAGCAGAAGCGAAAAGGAGUUUACAGUGGUUAGAAAUGUGCUCGGUCCUGUCAAGAAACCCAGCUAGUUGUAAACGGAGCGGAAGGAGUUAACAUUAUCAGUCUCAAGUAGAGUAAUAAGUAAAACGAUAGACUGAAGUUAAACGGUGGGAGUGUACAGUUAUGGAGCUGAGUAAAGACGCUGCUGCGCCGGAGGCUGGCGACAGGGGGCGCCAUAGAGACGACACGCCGAGCGUCAUCGCGGAGGAACAAGUGCAGCGAAAUCCACCGGAGUUUUGUCCCGGACUCGUCUCCGGAGACACCUACCCCAUUUGCCGCACACGGAAGAGGAGCGACCCGGAGCCUAAGACCGGCGACGCUGCCGGUGACGAAGGAGACGUGACUGAAAAGGCGCCCAGUAAAGCGCAGGGCGACCGGGACCCCCGGAAUAAGAGCAGGUCCGGCUGCAGUUCCGAGGGCGCAGCGGACGGCCGGCAGGGCAAAAAGAAACACCGGCGGCGGCCGUCCAAGAAGAAGCGACGCUGGAAGCCGUACUUUAAACUGACCUGGGAGGAGAAGAAGGAGCUGGACGAGCGGGAGAGCGCGCGAGCGUCGCGGGUCCGAGAGGAGAUGUUCGCUAAAGGUCUGCCGGUGGCUCCGUACAACACCACGCAGUUCCUGAUGGAGGAGCACGACCGAGAGGAACCCGACCUGAACACGGAGCGCAGCAACCGGAGGUCUUUCGGUGCAAGUCGUUCUGAAGACACGGCAAGCGAAGAAGACUUCUUCGAACCUGAAGAUGACGAGGAAGAGGAAGGAGAAGGCGGAGAAGGCGGCGAGAGCGACGGCAUGGGCCGAGCUGGGGGCGCAGGGGGAGAGUUCCUGCAGCGGGACUUUUCCGAGACCUAUGAACGGUACCACGUAGAGACGCUGCAGAAUAUGUCUAAACAGGAACUAGUGAGGGAGUACCUGGAACUGGAAAAGAGCAUGUCGCGCCUGGAGGAGGAGAACAACUGGUUGCGGCACGCGCGGAGAAAUCCGGCGACUCCUGGCGAGAGCGCGCAGCGCGUGCACGAGCUGGAGCGCGAGCUGGAGAGACUGAGAGCGUUGAACAGCGAGCUGCUCUUCCACUGCCACCACACUGCGGGACACGUCGUGAACGGCUCUGCUGCCUCAGAGCCCGAGAAGGGACACGCCGAGGGCACAGACACGGGCACACAGUGACGGACACACGCGGUGGACAAUUCGCUUUGUUUGUUUGUUUUUUCUGAUUUUAUCCGUUGUCUUACUGUAAAGCUACGGUAGCUAAUGUGAUGCUGUCGGCCCGAAAGGUAAUGUCCUUUUUUUCCCCUGACAAGUUUUAAAUAUUGGAUUUGUUUGUGAGGUCCCAUAAAAUGGUCAGUUCGUUAUAAUGUAGGUUAGGAUUUUUUUUUGCACACGUGACUGGAUUUAUUAAAAAAAAAAAAAAAUAAUAAUAAAAAAGGCUUUGUUUUUAGAGUUAAUUCAUUUGACUCAGUCACGUGUUCAUACUGCACGUGAAAACAACACUGUCAUACACACAUCUGUAAGUUUGCCAUAAAACUACGUGUUUUUUCUCCAUCAAUCCUGAAAAAUGAGCUGUUUGGUACCUGAUCUUCUGCUAUACACUUAUUAAUGCAUGACCAAUUCAGUAUGUGGGCUAAUAAAUCUGUGGAAAACUGUUA